AUGAAUUUCGGCGAAGAGCAGUUAGGCAGCACUGGAAAUAAAGCGGUAGUGUAUUUUAACAAGUACAGAAACCUAUAUCAAUACUAUUUAGAUCAAACCACACCACAUGUCAGAUAUAGAUGGGGUGGGCUUGCUGGAUUGUUGUCCCUCUUCUAUUUGCGUAUAGUUCUCUCCCGGGGUUGGUACGUAGUGUGCUAUUCAUUGAGCAUCUACCUUUUAAACCAGUUCUUGGCAUUCCUGACUCCUAAGUUUGAUAUGUCAUUGCAACAAGAUGAACAAAACAAUGAACUAGAAAGCGGAGAUAUGGCAGAAGAAUUUAGACCAUUUAUUAGAAGGUUACCUGAGUUUAAAUUUUGGGAGAAUUCCACUCGUGCAACUAUAUUGUCAAUGUUCCUAACGUGUUUUACUAUACUUGAUGUUCCCGUUUUUUGGCCUAUACUAUUAAUGUACUUUAUUGUACUAUGUGGGUUGACUAUGAGAAGACAAAUUAAACAUAUGAUCAAAUACAAGUACGUUCCAUUGGAUAUCGGCAAGAAGAAGUACAAGUCAUCUCAUAAUUAA